AUGAAGACUUUUGCCAGCCUUCAGGUAUUUGUUUUGGCCUUAUUUUCCAAAGGAGUUUUGCUUUCAUCAAGUGAUCACAAUUUUGUGAGGAAAGAAAUAAAGAUUGAGGGAGACCUUGUCUUAGGAGGUUUAUUUCCAAUAAAUGAAAAAGGCACAGGAAGUGAAGAAUGCGGCAGAAUCAAUGAGGAUCGAGGUAUCCAGCGUCUGGAAGCCAUGCUGUUUGCUAUUGAUCAGAUUAACAGAGACAGCACACUACUACCUGGAGUAAAACUAGGCGUUCAUAUUCUGGAUACCUGUUCUAGGGACACCUAUGCUCUGGAACAGUCACUGGAGUUUGUAAGGGCUUCAUUGACCAAGGUGGAUGAGGCAGAAUAUGUGUGUCCAGACGGCUCACUUGCCAUUCAAGGAAACAGUCCAUUACUUAUCGCUGGAGUCAUUGGUGGCUCCUAUAGCAGUGUCUCCAUACAGGUUGCAAAUUUACUAAGGCUCUUCCAUAUUCCUCAGAUAAGCUAUGCUUCCACCAGUGCCAAACUUAGUGAUAAAUCACGGUAUGAUUACUUUGCAAGGACAGUGCCACCAGACUUCUAUCAGGCAAAAGCAAUGGCUGAGAUCCUACGUUUCUUUAACUGGACAUAUGUAUCUACUGUCGCUUCUGAGGGAGAUUAUGGAGAGACUGGAAUUGAAGCUUUUGAACAAGAAGCGCGACUAAGAAAUAUUUGUAUUGCCACUUCAGAAAAAGUUGGAAGAUCAAAUAUUAAAAAGUCCUACGACAGUGCUAUACGAGAAUUGCUACAAAAGCCAAAUGCUAAGGUUGUGGUUCUUUUUAUGCGCAGUGAUGACACAAGAGAACUCUUGGCAGCUGCUAAUCGAUUUAAUGCUUCCUUUACUUGGAUUGCCAGUGAUGGGUGGGGUGCCCAAGAAAGUAUUGUGAAAGGCAAUGAACACAUUGCAUAUGGGGCAAUUACAUUAGAACUUGCUUCCCAUAAGGUUAAGGAGUUUGACAAGUAUUUUCAAAGCCUUAAUCCCAGCAAUAAUCACCGCAAUCCCUGGUUUAAGGAUUUUUGGCAGCAAAAAUUUCAGUGUAGCUUGUACAACAAGACUGAUAGACCAUGUGAUAAACGCUUCAAUAUUAACAGUUCUAAUUAUGAACAAGAAUCCAAAAUAAUGUUUGUGGUAAAUGCUGUAUAUGCAAUGGCUCAUGCUCUUCAUCAGAUGCAAAGGACCCUAUGUUCAAACACCACAAAGCUGUGUGAUGCCAUGAAAACACUAGAUGGCAAAAAGCUAUACAAGGACUAUCUGCUGAAAGUUAACUUUACAGGUAAGCCUUAG